CCUCCAGCGGCACCACGCAGCCUCUUGCGACACCACACAGCCUCUGGCGGCACCACAGCCCCGGCGGAACCACACGCUUCUAACGGUACCACACAGCCUCCGCGGCACCACAGAACUCCAGCGGCACCACCGCGGCCUAUGGCACCACAGCCUCUAUCGGCACCCACAGCUUCUAGCAGUACUACACAGCUUAUGGGAGCACCACAGCCUUACCAGCACCAAACAUCCUCUAGCAGCACUACACAUUCUCCAAGCAGCACCACACAGCCUCUGGCGGCACCACACAGCUUCUAACAGUACUACACAGCUUCUAUCAGCAGCACCACAGCCUCUAUCGGCACCACAGCCUCUAGCGGUACCACGCACCCUCUGGCGGCACCACACUGCUUCUAACGGUACCACACAGCCUCUAGCGGCACCACGCACCCUCUUGCGACACACAGCCUCUAGCGGCACCACAGCCUCCAGCGGCACCACAGCUUCUAACGCAGCACUCACACAGCUUCUAGGCACCACACCCUCUAACGGCACCACACAGCUUCUGGCAGUGCUACCUUCUAUCAGCAGCACCACAGCCUGUAUCGGCACCACACCGGCCUCUGGCGGUGCACCCUCUGGCGGCACCACACAGCUUCUAACGGUACCACACAGCCUCUCGCGACACCGCACCCUCUUGCGACACCACACCGCCUCUGGCGGCACCACAACCUCUGGCGGCACACCUUCUAACGGUACCACAGCCUCUAGCGGCACCCACAGAACCUCCAGCGUCACCACACAGCCUCUGGCAGCCCACAGCCUCCAUCGGCACCACACAGCUUCUAGCAGUGCUACACAGCUUAUAGGGCACCACACAGCCUUACAGCACCAAACAUCCUCUAGCAGCACUACACACAUUCUCAAGCAGCACCACACAGCCUCUAGCGGCACCACACAGCUUCUGGCAGUCCUACACAGCUUCUAUCAGCGCACAGCCUCUAUCGGCACCACACAGCCUCUGGCGGUACCACGCACCCUCUGGCGGCACCACACAGCUCUAACGGUGCCACACAGCCUCUAG